AAUAUAUAAAAAAGAGGAACAAAGAACACUCUGGACACAUAAUUCAGUUCGGAAUUUAAUUGACACACACUUUUCAAAUGCUACGCAAUUUUAUAGCACAGCGAUUCACACGCGCAUAUCAAAUGCUCUAAUUAAUUUGUAUGGACACACUCUCUCUCUUUCUCUGUUUCUAUUUUUUAAAUGUUAUUUAAUUCUCGAGGUGAAGAACAUUAUUACGUUUAACAAAAAAGAAUGUGGUUCAGUGGAUCAUUAUCAACGUACGAUACUCAAAUCUUGAAUACAAAACUCACGAAAUCAGGCAAUGAACUUAAGCAAAUAUUUGCAUGUUAAAUGAGGAAAGAAAAAAAUAUAAAUAAACAGAAAAAUAUCAUUAAGAUUUUUGAAGCUACCGCGUUAUAAUACAGAUUACACCAACGGGCUGUAAUACCGUUGUCCAUAAAAAUCAAAACCAAAUUUGAAUUAAGUAAAAAAAAAACACUCACACAUGCUCUCCUAUGAGUGUGAAUAAGAUUGAUCGGUGGUAAGGAGUUGUGUGAAAAAUAACGCAUUUUUGUGGCAAAGGCCACAUUGAAAACAGUUAUUAAGUGUAUGACAAAAGAAUAAAAAAAAAACGACAGAAGGCAGAAAAUUCGCAUUGCAAUCAGUACAAUUUUAGCGCGAUAAAGAAAGAGGCUGAUAUAAAAAAAGAGAGCAACAACUUAAGCCCACAACUCAAAAACAUUUGGAUCACACAUUUUCAUUGUAUUAAAAUACACAUACAUAGGCGCAAAUUGGUUGCCACACAGUUUAUUCGGCCGACAGUCAACCAGUCGACGCUCAAGUGCGUGAAAUGAUACAUUGUUGCUGUGGAACAUCAUAAAAACUAUAUCACUGCGCUAGUUCUUGAAUUAAAUAUAUCUUUCGAUCUCGAGAGUGCUUCUCAAUUUGUGUGUGCCUUGAUUGAUCGGAAUAAAAGCGCACACGCACGCGAGCUACAUAUUUGAAUAUCUUAAAAAGUUUAGAAUAAGGCCUUAAAUCAUCGUUGUUCCAGCGCUAUUGUUGUUAAGCAACAUAUUGAUAAAGUAAGAGAUCAAAUCGUUUCAACUACUUUAGUGGUGAGAACUUAUAGGCCGCAUAUGCCCAAAAAAUUUCAACGGCACACACAUUUUAAUAGCCUUUAAAAUUAUUCAUGAAUUGUUUACGUGCGAAAAAAAAUAAAUAACAUCAAAUCCAAUAUAAAGUGAAAGAAAAUAAACAAAUGUCUGUAGUAUGAGUUAGCGGAGAAACUGAUAGGACAUCAAGCAAUCGAAAGAGUUACACGUGUAUGUGGAAAAAAAAAGUUGCGAAGGGGAAACACGAUUUGCAAUAAGCGAUCAAUAUCAAACAAACUGUACAUAAAAUCAAGUGGUUCGCACAUUUUUGAUAUAUUAACGUUGCGGCGAAUCUGUGAACAAGACUCGUACUACCAAGUUCAUCCGUUCAAAGGGAACUCAAUAAAAUAAUACAGUUUCAUCUCAAUAUUAACCCAUCACUUAUUGAUACUGUGUGUCUUGGCGACCGUUUAAAUCCUGCAACCGACAACAACCGAAUAGGAAGAACUACACGGAUUGAAAGGCAUUGCUGUUGCACGAUUCGACACAAACACACAUCUAUAAUCAGACGAACAAAUGAUAAAAGUGAAUGCGUGAUUGCAAAUAAAUACAAAUGUAUGCAAUGAAUGAAUUUGAUUCGUUUGAAGAGCCGCUCCGUGGUGGACCAUACUACUAUAAAACGGAAUCGAAAAAAAGUAAAAGCUUUCAAGGGCCUAAGCGUGCGAUCCGCCUAUGUAUAUUGUGCAUUGUUUUGCCUGGUCUGUUAAUCGGUGUGCCCCUUUAUUUGAAACACCACGUAUUCGCUUAUCAAAUGUAUCCCGUUGGCAUUUCGGAUAUGCGGAUUAUUGAUGGAAAAGUGUCCACCACAUGGUGUCAACGUCAAAUCGUACGUGCCAAUACUACCUUUAAUGCAUUUCUAUUACCAGAAUUGCCGAAUGUUGCAAACAAUCGCAUUCACGUAAAUAUGGUCAGGCAUUUGGAACUCAGCGAUGACAUGAAAGAAUAUUGGGGCUUUUAUUUACUCAAAGGGUCAAUUGUCACGGUAUCAACGUGUGCACGUUGGCCUGGAUCGUCGAUGAUAUUGAUUCGUGGUCAUAAACAUUUACAGCAAUGCGCAUACAUUGGAGAUGAUUCAUCCGAAGAGCUUGAAGAGUUGCUGGAAAUAGCCGAAGAAAAAGGAAUUGCUGAUUUACAUUUUUCGUCACCAGAAAGUCCGGCCAAUCGAGUCGAUCUCCUAACAAAACAUCGACCGGGCGUCGAAUUUCAUGACGAUCGUUUGCGUGAAAAUAAAGAAAGUUUCACAUUUUCACCGCUACAAGAAUUGGCAAAAGACAGUGAAGAUAAUAUAUCUGGUAAACGAAUGAAAGAACUACUCGGCUUAUUGCCACGAAAAGCAAACAAAUUUAAAACAAAUAUAAUUUACAAUAAUACACACGGCGGCAAUCAUGUCGAUCGUUUGAAAAAUCAAUUAAAAGCUGAAAUUGAAAAUCGAGAAAAAUUAAAUAAAACCGGCGCCACCGGCAAACAAAUGCCAUCCAAAUUGAAUAUUAAAGAAUUCAUCAAGCUACAUCAAGCUGAUCAUAUUCAUAAGGUCAGAGAAACAAAUAUUGGCAACCAUGAAACUGAAAAUGUUCAAAUCACACAAAAAAUUCAAAACGAUAACCAAUCGACGACGAAGGAGAAAAGUAUUCUCGCAAAAGAAGAGGACAAUGUCAAUGCAACAUCUGACGAAAUUCUCGAAGAUCUUUUAAAACAAUUAGAUAAACUUGGACAAGUAAAGCGAAAUCGAAUUCUUCAACGAUUGAAGGGUCCCGUUCCGAAUAAUGAUGAUGUUAAAGAAACAAACACAGCGCCGACAUUGGAAAAGGUGCCAACAGUCAAGCCAACAUCCGAUGCCGAGCCAAUUCAAGAUGAAGUGGAAAUUUUAGAAAUGCAUGAACCAAAAUUAGGAACAUACAAAAGAAAACGAAAAAAUAAAACAACAGUAUCACCGAUAACGUCAUCAUCAAGUGAACCAAUGCCGGAAUCGACGACAUUUUCACCACAAGAAUUGACCAAAGAUCAAUUACGUCGAUUGAAAAGACAACUGGAUUUGGAGAAUGAGUUAACUGCAGACGCGGACGAAGGUGAGGACUUGGGCAUUGAACAAGGUUAUGUACCGGAUGGCAUUGCUGAUCAUCAUCAUGUAUUAAAUCAAACCAAUUUGAAUGAUCGAUCAAAUUCCGAGUUUUGGUCAUCGUUUUCGUCGAGUGAAGAAGCUUUACUCAAUUGUGCUGGUCUCAUUCUAAGUUUACCAUUAACCCCGAAUGGGAAAUGCCAUAAUGCAGCCGGCGAAAACGAUUUUGACAAAGCGAGCCAAUCCAAUAAAAUCACAUAUACCGUUCCAGUAAAUGGCUACUACUUUUUCAUAUUCAAUAGUGAAAAUGAGGUGCAGGACAAUUACAUUCGCGUUAAAUUUGACAUACAAAAAACCGUUUACAAUGUAUCAAGUUCAAUUCAAUCAUGUAAUAAUGCGACCAGCGAAUGUCGUUUGUCGUUGAACUUUUUUUCCAAUGAAAAAGUUGUAUUCGAAUUGCCCAUGAGCGCAAAUGAAUCACUGUACAAUGAAGAAUAUAUUGUGGUCAGUGAAUGUGAACCAAGAACUUCGAUCUAUUUGAUAUGUGUUCUAUCUGUGCCAUCCAUUAUUCUAUUAUUUGCAUUCCAAUGAAACAACAAUUUUUUUUUUCGGCGAGUUAACUUAACUUCUGUUGAUGGAAAGAAUAUUUGUUUAAUUUUAAGCAGACAACAAUUUGAUUCGUGUAUUAAUUGCACUAUUUUGCUCGAGUGAUUUGUGCAACUGGAAGUUUGAAAAAAAAAGUGAAAACGAUUCAAGCACAAGUUCCGAUCAAUGCAUUCUCAAAUAUUAAUAAAUAAAUACCAAAAAAAAAAACAAUGUAAAUGCAGCGCUUUGGAGCUUGUGAUUUACAUUUUUACGUGAAACCAUGUCGCUAGUCAUUUUUGGUCACUUAGUCCAAUCAAAAAAUUUAACAUUGUUCAAAGAACAUUGAACAUUGAUAAAAACACCAUCAAAAACACAACUUUUGCAUGAUAUUUGCGGCUAUUUGAAUAUAGCAUAAUCUUUUUUUUUCGAUGAAACACCAAUACAAUGAUCUAGUCGAUUGAGUUUUGGAAAAAGUAAAGCUGUUGUUUGGUUUUAUGUAAAUGGUUUAAAUUUAAAUACCUGAAAAUGUGUGAUAUUUCGUUAAGUUUAGACUGAAAAGUAUCUAUGUGAAAAUGUUGUCCUUUUUUAAAUUUUUGUAAGGUGUAUUGAGCACAUCACUAGAGCUAUAGCAGCUUAUGCUAAAAAAAUAAGAGACGAUGUUGUUUAUUAAAAUGAUUUAUUUUUAUUACAUUUUAUGAAAAUUCAAUAAAUUUUGUUCAAAUUUUUA